AUGCCCUCGCCCAACCCCGACCCCGACCCGCACCAGCCCGACCCGCACCGCUCCCCCUCCCCCUCGACCUCGACCUCGACCUCGACCUCGCCUCGUCCGGUUGACAGCCAGCCGCCGGUCGACGUCGACCACGAGCCUGUGCCAGACGCCACCAUGAGCGACGACGAGCCUCAACCUCCCUCGGCUGAGCCACUUCCUGCCCAGGCCCCGAUGCCGUCUAGCCUCCCUCAAGAACUCGCACACGCUCCCCUCUCGACCGCCGACUCGCCCCCCGCAACCGACCUCGUCGAGGCCAACGCGACCAUCGCCCGCCUGCGCGCCGAACUCGCGUCCCUCCCCGCCUACUACACCUCGCGCAACCAGCUCGACCACGACCGCCUCGCGAGCGACAACCUCCAGCUGCGCACCCAGGCCACCGUCCUCGCCCGCAAGGUCGCCACACUCGAGGCCGACAAGCUCGCGCUCGUCGCCGUCAAAAAGGGCAAGGGCAAGGCGCGCGCCGACGACGACGAUGACGAGCGCGACGACGACCAGGACGAGACGGCGAGCCAGGCGACCGAGGUUGACGAGUACGAGCGCGACGCGACCAUCGCCCAGCUCGAGUCGGACAAGCGCGCCCUCACCGUCGACGUCCACCGCCUCCAAGACCGCCUCGACAUCGCCGAGCAGCAGACCAAGCGCCUGUCGCACGAGCUGCGCAGCCUGCGCGCCUACUUCCUCCACGGCUCGCCCCUUGUCACUCUCGAAGCCGACAUCGCGCUCCCCUCGCCACCAGCCUCGCAAACCUCGCCGGCCUCGCCUCCCGACCCGCUCCUCCCUCCCUCGCUCGACGCCCCAGCCCCAACCACCUCGUCGUCGUCCUCGUCGCGCGCGUCGCGCCCAACCCCGCGCAGCGUCGCCCUCGCCGACGCCGAGGCCGAGCUCCUCCUCCACGCGGGCAAGACGCUCUCGCACGUCCACCGCGUCACGCGCGUCCCGCUCUCGCGCGCCAUCGCCGAGCGUGCAGACGACAUUGUGCGCGCGAGCGCGAGGGACGGCAACGGACGAGCGCACGCGGCGGCGGCGGGGCUCGGCGAGCGGCAGGGCCAGGGCCAGGGCCAGGGACAGGGCCAGGACGGCCUCGAUGGGCUCAUGCAGCUCGCCAACGCGUCGUCGCAGGAGGACCUCGCGCCUGGCGCGCUGCCGGGCUCGAGCAUGAGCCUGCGCGCGCUGCGCACGAGCUCGAGGCGCGGGCGCGCGAGCCGCAGCGGAGCGUCAGGGGCGGGGCAGGACGGCGAGGCGGACGAGGGCGAGGGCGAGGACGCGGCCAUGGGCGGGCUCGAGCUCCCCGUCCCGCCGGCGCACUACAACCCGUACUCGCUCGACCCGCCGCCGCCGCACUUGGCCAUGCGGGCCGGCGUGGCGCCCGGCGGCGGCGGCGGCGGGUUCGGCGCAGGAGGAGGAGGAGCGGGCCGUGCGGCGCCGGACGACGACCCGGACUACCUCCCGAGCCCGCCGCCGGCCGCCGCAGCCGCAGCCGCAGCCGCAGCGGGGCCGAGCGCGUGGCCCUACGCGUACGAGCUGCCGUAUCCGGGCGGCGCGCCUCACGCCGGCCCAAGCGGCGCCUCGUCGUCGUCGGCGGCGCCGCACCCGCACCCGAACCCGCGCCAGGCGCUCGGGCAGCGCCUGAGCGCGCUCGACGUGCUCGCGCAGGCGACGGCCGAGAUGGACCACGAGGGCAUGGGCAUGUCGGACCACGGGCGGGGCUUGUACGAGGGCGGGAGCGGGUGGCACGCCGAGGGGUCGGCGGCGCAGCAGGGCGGCAAGAAGGCGGGCGUGCCGAGCAGUCGCAGUCGGGUGCCGGCUGUUGGGCCCGAUGGGCAGAAGAAGCCGCGCAGCCCGUACAUCAAGUGGAACCUCCAGGAGGACGAGCAGCUCCUGCGCGCCGUCAUCCAGGUCGGGUGCUCGUGGGACAAUGUCGCAAAGCUGUGCCCGACGCGCGCGUACCACCAGGUCCGCCAGCGCUUCCUGCGCGGCCUCAGGAGCGGCGAGCAACUGCCCAAGCAGCUCAUGCACCUGCAGGAGGCGGUGCGCAAGAGCGUGAGGGACCACGAGGCCAAGAAGAAGCGCAAGAGGGCCGCCAAGCAGCACGUCGCCGUCGACGACGCCGACGCCGUCUGAGCCUCCUCCUCGAUCCUCUCGGUCCCCCGAUCCCGUCUCUCGAGCUGUUGUCCCCCCCUGUACCACUCUCUCGCACGCAUAGUCCCCCUCGCCUCACUCUGUGCCCGCUCUCGGUCUCUCUCUCUCUCCCUCUCUCUCCUCGUCGCACCGUGCAACUCGA